ACGACUACGCAAAAUAGUCGUAAUGUAGUCGCUAUUUGGCGACUAAUUUUACGACUAUUUAUUUUAGCGACUCUCGAUUUACGACUACUAGUUUUAGUCGCUAUUUAGUCGUAACACACCGUUUAGCGACUAAAUAGUGACUAAUAGUGCAGUCGCUAUUUGCCUGUUUUCUUGUAGUGAGACACGAAUAACGCUAUUUCAGAAAGUAUAUCUGGUUGGGAAAAUAUGGUUGACUUUUACUUAUCAAGUGAGUCAGGGCAGGAACUACUGAGUGAAAUAGCAGAAUCUUCACAAUCUUCACAAAAUCCACAGGUUCCUAGUGAAGAAGAUUUCUAUGCGGAUAUACUGAGGGAUGAAAUAGUGAAGCUAGAUGAUCCGGCGGUCUCCGGUAAUACACUUAUCAAUGUACCGAGGCUUCAAACAGAGUCCAACACCACAAGAGUACUUCCUUUACCCAACAUGGUAGACAAACAAAUGCAAUCAUUGCUACAGAAACUGCCAUUACAAAAUGACACUGGAGAAGAAAACAACAUAUCCAUGUCAAAUUGCUUUAUCGGUAUAUACUCGAUUAAGUCUAUAAACCGAGCGCGGUGGGACGUCGUUGUUUGGGCGCUUGUUAUGAUAGCCGUGUUGGUAUUUUAUCUAGUGUGAUGCCAUAGAAGACUUUUUCUAGGCAGUUUGCAUGGUUAUGUCUUAAUGUUGAGAGAGAUCUUGUAACUGUUAGGCUUAGUUUACGUUAUCAUUCUCUCCAUUAUAUAUUAAGAAUUGUAUUGUAGUGUCUAUGUGUACCAAGAAUAUGAUUCUAUGAAUAUGAGGCUCUCGAGAGAUAUGUAA